GAGCAGCCUCGUAGCUAUGUACUGCUGCUGAAGGUUAGACCUCUGGUCAGGGGAGAGGAUGACUGCAGCCAUUGCAACGCGGGCCUCCAGGGCCCUCCGAUCAUACUGCACUAACACCCAGCUCGUAGGUGCACUGAGAUCCGUAGUGGGAGAUGCCAACAUCUCCACGGCCAUGGCGGUCCGGGAGCAGCACGGGAGAGAUGAGUCCAUGCACAGGUGCCGGCCCCCUGAUGUGGUUGUUUGGCCCCAGCAUGUUGAACAUGUCAGCAAGCUGGCUGAACUGUGCUAUAAGUACGAGGUGCCCAUCAUCCCUUUUGGUACUGGCACAGGACUCGAAGGUGGGGUUAGUGCGGUAAAGGGUGGAGUCUGUUUCAACAUGACACAAAUGGACAAGAUUCUGAAUUUAAGCACAGAGGAUUUUCACGUCACUGUUGAACCAGGAGUAACCCGUAAAUCACUGAACAGCCACUUGCGCGACAGCGGCCUCUGGUUCCCUGUAGACCCAGGAGCGGAUGCCUCUCUUUGCGGCAUGGCAGCCACCAGCGCAUCUGGCACCAAUGCAGUGCGUUACGGGACGAUGCGCGACAACGUCAUCAACCUGGAGGUUGUCUUGGCUGACGGGAGGAUCUUACAUACAGCAGGGAAAGACCGCAGAUUCAGGAAGACAUCUGCCGGUUACAAUCUGACCAGCCUGUUUGUGGGCUCCGAAGGGACACUGGGUAUCAUCACCAAAGCUUCUCUGCGCCUGCACGGCAUCCCCGAGGCUACGGUGUCCGCCGUGUGUGCUUUUCCCAGUGCCCAGGCCGCGGUGGACAGCACCGUGCAGAUCCUGCAGAGCGGCGUCCCCAUUGCCAGGAUCGAGUUCCUUGAUGAUGUCAUGGUCGAUGCCUGUAACAAGUUUAACGGACUUUGUUACCCAGCCCUGCCAACUCUCUUCUUGGAGUUCCACGGCACAGAGGAUGGAGUAAAGGAGCAAGUGCAGCAGACAGAGGAGAUAACGCGUUUUAACGGCGGCUCUGACUUCACUUGGGCGACUGAUCAGGAAGAACGGAACAAGCUAUGGAGAGCAAGACAUAACGCGUGGUACGCGGCCUUGGCCCUUCGCCCAGGAUGCAGAGGUUAUGCCACGGACGUGUGCGUCCCAAUCUCCAAGCUGCCAGAAAUCAUAGCGGCCACAAAGGCAGACCUGACGGACUCCCAGCUCACAGGGCCUAUUGCCGGGCAUGUCGGGGAUGGAAACUUCCACUGUAUCAUGGUGCUAAAUCUGGAUGACAAACAGGAGGUCCGUAGGGUGAAGGAAUUUACAGACAGGCUGGCCAGGAGAGCGCUGGCACUGAGUGGCACGUGCACCGGAGAGCACGGCGUUGGAUUGGGGAAGCGGCAGCUCCUGGCGGAGGAGGUCGGUGACGUCGGCGUCGCCACCAUGAAGCAGAUCAAAGCCACGCUGGAUCCCAAAAAUCUCCUGAAUCCCGGGAAAGUGGUUUAAAUGUUCGCGGUGCCCCAGGCCUAGCGGAACCGGGCAUUACGCGCAGUGAACCGAAAGAGACUUCAGGACUGACGCAUAAAGCACGAUACGUGUUACCCAUUAAACCCGGCACAUGAAAUCGG